GCUAGCAUGAGCAGUCGUUGGCUGGACGACUUUGACGCGGCCCAAGCGUUGGCAAACGAUAUCCAGGCGGCUUGCACCGAGCGCACUCGCCUGCGUAACAAGGGCCAAAACGCAACUGGCGCCACCAACGCUGCCAGCAACGGCCUGAAGCGACUGGCUCCCUUGCUUGACAAACUUCAAAAGCAACUCGAGAACGACGCCAGCUCCUACGCCGUCACCGCCAAGGAAGCCGAUCGUCGUCAGAAUCAGCUUCGCCAGCUGAAUUCUCGAUUCAAAACCCUCGAGGGUCAGUUUGGUCAAGGCAACAGCAACAGCGCCAUGAGCAGCGAUUACCACCGCAAUGCCCUCUACGGAUCUGCCGGCGGCCGUGCGCCGGUCGAGGACGAAUACACUCGCGGUCAGGAUACACAGGCCCUUCUGCAAGAGCAGGAUCGGAUCAUGGACGAGCAGGACCGCGGCUUGUCCACCAUCUCCGCCUCGGCGCAACGGUUAAAACAAGUGGGCAUGGCCAUUGGCGACGAGCUGGAUGAUCAAAACGAGAUGCUGGAUGAGCUUGGCCAGGGCAUGGACAUUACGGAUCGUCGCCUGAAGCGAGAAACCGAGCACGUCGUUUAUGUAUCUGAAAAGGCCAAGGCCGGUGGCAUGUUUUGCUGCAUCCUGCUUCUGAUCAUUGCCAUCAUUGUUGUUGCUGCUGUUCCCAAGUAAACUUCUUUUCUCCAUGCCGUGGAUGUGUCCGGCCGCGACUCGUUUGUGAUGUAAUGUCAUCCAGUUUGGUCGCUGCCGAGUGUUGCUGUUGCUCUCGAUGUUUUUUUUUUUUUUUUUUUGUCUCUCAUUCACUGGUUAGGUCCAUUCUCCCUCCACCCCACCGUCUCUCCUUUUCUGUUUUUCCGUAUUGUUUUUGUUGGUUGUUCUGUGGUCAUUUUCUUGCCCUAUGGCUGCUGUCGGCGCGCCCGUGGUUAUCCCCGGUUCUCACAGCGUUCCGCAGUUGACGGAGAGAUUGUUGUGCCAUGUCGUUGUGGGGUCUUUUAUUUUUUUUGUUUUGCUGUGCCGUUUGCUCCCCUUGAGCCGCCCCCUUUCCCCCUUGUUGGGUCCGUGGUCUGCCGAGCAAUUCACUUUAUAAAGC